CCAUGACAUCAGGCUGACACGUGUCAUAACAAGUUCCAGACACAACAAUAAGUUAGAUAUGAUGGCUUCAUUCACCUACGGGUGGUCACAAUCAUGGAUUCUCUCAAACAUGAACAACGCGCUGUAAUAAAGUUCCUUACCAAGAAGGGAAGCAAAGCAAAAGAAAUCCAUGAUCGCAUGUGUAAAGUGAUGGACUACUGACGAAGUCAUUAUUGGGUUGCCAUGGCAACCACUGCGCACAGUCCGCCGUGGUGGAAGUGGGUGGUGAUGGUUGCGUCAUUCUUCGCGUUGCUCCUGGGGGGCACAGUGUCCUACUGUGCAGGUGUCGUCCACGUCGCCCUGCUGGACUACUUCCACGAGGAUAUCACUGUCACGGCGUGGCUGGGGUCGCUCUUCGCCAGCAUGUUUGCUCUCACAGGUCCUAUUGCCAGCUUGGUGAUCAACAUGUUCAGCUGUCGAACUUGCGUCAUGCUGGGCGGUGUCCUGGAGCUGGUGGGGUUUGCCUGUAGUGCUUUCGUCACUGAGAUGAGAUGGCUCUUCCUGACCUACGCUAUUCUUGUGGGUUUGGGGGAGGGCUUGGUCUACACCGGGUCCGUCGUCCUCCUGGGCUUCUACUUCCGAGACCAGGUGAGCUUAGUGACUGGCGUGGGAAUGGCGGGAGUUGGGAUGGGCACCUUCUUCCUCCCUCCACUGACUCAGUAUCUGCUGGACAACUACGGACUUAAAGGAUGCUUCCUCUUCUUGGGAGCAAUAGCGUUCCACGCAGUCUUGUUCGGGGCACUCUUGAGACCGUCGGAACUCGAGACGGAGUUAGCGGUCAGUGCUAAAUCAGGGAAGUCUGUCUGUCAACGAAUCCUUACUUCUUUGUGUGGACGAUGUGACCGGGUAGGUGAGAUGUUCCACCCAGCAUUUCUCCUGCUGCUGUUGGCAACGUUCUCCUUCAGCGUCGGCAACUUCAUCUCCUACCUCUUCCUCCCCGACAUCUUCAUCAAACAAGGUUCUUCUCCUCAAGAAGCUUCAUUCCUCUUCUCCAUGGUAGGAAUAGGAGGAGCCCUGGCAAGACUUCUCGGGGGGUUCGCUGCCAAUGACCCAAAUAUAGGACCUUCUGUUCUAUUCUCAGGAACAUAUGGUGUCAUAGCAACGAUAGACUUUUUCAUUUGGCCGAUGACGAAGACAAUGGUGGGGAAGGUAGCGUAUGCCUUUAUGUUCGGCCUGUAUGCUUCAGUGGGCUGGGUGCUAAUCAACCCCCUCACUCUACAUAUCGUUGGGGUGAGGAACUUCGCCUCUGGAUACGGGAUUGCGAUGUUAGCCUCAGGUUUAGGUAUCCUGAUUGGACCUCCAGUAGCAAGUAUAAUUGCUGAAACAUACGGAAAAUACCAAGCAGCCUUUUACUUUGCUGGUUCAACAUUCUUCGUGUCGUCCAUGUGUGGUCUGAUGAUAAUGUUGCUGAAGAAGACGCAGUCGGACGUGCCAGAGGAGAAGUCUGACAUCCCGGAGUUGCAGAGUCUGACUGACGGGAAAGAUCAUUUCCAUCACGUUGAUGAAGUCACUGUCGUCAUCAAGUGUCCCAGCACAGACAAUCAUCGCAGUCCAAGUUCACCAGGCGGAACUGAUGACAUGUGAGUGAGUGAGUGCGUUCGUGCGUGCGUUCGUUCGUUCGUGCGUGCGUGCUAGUGAGAGGACGCUUUGGGAGGUAUUCCAGUUAUGACAGGGUUUUUCAGUUGAAUGUGAGAGGAAAAUAGUAACGAUCUUUUCUGACAAGCCCUUUAUUGCAAGCCCACACUGCCCCUGGGUGUAUCGAACCUGGAUGUACGGAAGAGAUUGCGAAACGAAACCAGUGUUUCUCUCAAUAGUUUUGAUGAAGAUUCUUCUCAAGCUCAGUAUCAACUCCUUUGCUUCAUAUCUGUGUUGGAUGUACCUCAGGGUUGAUCACAGCAAGGCCGGUGUUUUUGUUUCCUUUACAGAUGUUAAAGUGUUUGCCGUAGUCAGGUACACAUCAAAUAUGAAUUCUCAGGGUUGACUGACGGGUACAUUCACCGGCGGUGUUAGUGAACGCAGUGUGCCAUGUGAAAAGGCCCACCGUGUAACGAGAUCAAGGAGAAAUAUGACCAGUGACAAUCAUUAUCUAUAAACAUCUACAUGUAACAAGCUGUGGGCGACUAGUUUUAUUAUUGAUCUCUGGCAUACGUGUGUUUUGUAGCUUUAACUUAGAUAUGUAAUGUUCAGUUGAUGCCACGGAACCCUUAUCAUCCUAGUGACGUUCGUGGUUUUGUGAUCACUGCCGAAUGCAGGGAGAGGUUGCGGCAUAUUUAUGUACUAUGUGUGGUGUAUAUAUUAGUUACGAAAUCAUGUCACGUGAUGAAUUUAUAUAAAUGUGCUGAUGUCGUUUACUGACACAGAAUAAUAAAAAAUACCGUUUUUGCUGA